CCCCUUCGGAGGUCGCCCUGGGCUGGCAGUGCGCGCCGGCAGGGGCCGGCCGCGUCGGGCGGGGCUAUGCUGGGCAAGGAUUACAUGCUGGCCAUCAUCCUGGUCAACUGCGAUGAUGAUCUAUGGGGGGACCAAGGUCUGGAGGGUGACACAGGCCUGCCUCCUGGCUGGAGAAAGAUUCGUGAUGCGGCAGGUACUUACUAUUGGCAUGUACCCAGCGGUAGCACCCAAUGGCAGCGCCCAACCUGGGAGUUAGGAGGUGCAGAGGACCCAGGCACGGGGACAGAAGGAAUUUGGGAACUGCGACCCCCUAAGGGAAGAUCCUUCUCUAGCCUGGAAAAUUCACUGGACCGGAGUAACUCUCUGACCUGGUAUGGUGAGGAUUCCUACAUCCGAAACCUGGAGCCCGGGGCCAAGUGCUUUGCAGUCCGCUCUCUGGGCUGGGUAGAGGUACCUGAAGAGGACCUGGCACCAGGGCGGAGCAGUGUUGCUGUCAAUAACUGUAUCCAGCAGCUAGCCCACACUCGCAACUGUAGCCAGCCUCCAGAUGGUGCCUGGGGUGAGGGCCAGAACAUGCUGAUGAUCCUGAAGAAGGAUGCUAUGAGCCUGGUGAAUCCCCUGGACCAUAGUCUGAUCCACUGCCAGCCUCUGGUGCACAUCCGUGUAUGGGGUGUAGGCAGCUCCAAGGGCCGUGACAGGGACUUCGCAUUUGUGGCGGGUGACAAAGACAGCUGUAUGCUCAAGUGCCAUGUGUUUCGCUGUAAUGUCCCUGCCAAAGCCAUUGCAAGUGCCCUACAGGGGCUCUGUGCCCAGAUCUUGUCAGAGCGAGUAGGGGUGAAUGGUGAUGCUGAUUGCUGCUCUCCAGAUCCCAUUUCCCCUGAAGACCUGCCUCGGCAAGUGGAGUUGCUGGAUGCAGUGAGCCAGGCUGCUCAGAAGUAUGAGGCGCUGUACAUGGGGACCCUACCAGUCACCAAAGCUAUGGGUAUGGACGUGCUGAAUGAGGCCCUUGGUACUCUCACUGCUCGGGGAGACCGGAACACCUGGGUCCCCACCAUGCUCAGUGUGUCUGAUUCUCUCAUGACUGCACAUCCUGUUCAGGCAGAGCCCAGUGCAGAGGAGGAGCCACUGUGGCAGUGUCCUGUGCGUCUUGUAACCUUCAUUGGUGUCGGCCGUGACCCACACACCUUUGGCCUCAUUGCUGAUCUUGGUCGUCAGAGUUUCCAGUGUGCAGCCUUCUGGUGCCAGCCUCAUGCUGGAGGACUCUCUGAAGCUGUUCAGGCUGCCUGCAUGGUUCAGUACCAGAAGUGUCUGGUGGCCUCUGCAGCUCGGGGCAAGGCCUGGGGUGCCCAGGCCCGUGCCCGCCUGCGGCUCAAGCGGACCAGCUCCAUGGACUCCCCAGUUGCUCCCCUGCCUCUCCCCCUACUCAAAGGAGGGGUUGGGGGUGCAGGGGUAGCUCCUCGAAAGCGGGGUGUCUUCUCUUUUCUUGAUGCCUUCCGGCUGAAACCCUCUCUGCUCCAUAUGACCUAAAUUGAUCUUAGAGGGCUGGGGAAGGAGGCUCCUGGAUCCAUGCCCGUCUGACUCUAUACCCCACAUUGUUCAGGGGCCUGCAGCCUCUCACCUCUCUGCCUGCCCCUGGUUCUUGCCUAUCCUCUGUUUAUUAUCCAGUUUAUGGAUGGCUGAGAGGCCCUGCACUGCAACUUAGGCCCCUGGCUCCCCUUUCCUUGGGUCCUUUUAUUCCUUGUCCUUGUCCAGUCCUGGACAAUUGGCUCUACCUCAGCAACACUUUACAGCAGAAUCCGUACAAAUAAAAAUCCCUCAGUGACCUCA